CUGACCGCCGGCUGGGCAGCGGAAGGCUUGCAGCGGUUCCACUGAACGCCGGGCGCUCUUUUAAAAGUGAAAGUGGAAUCCGCAGCUGCCUGUUUUAUUUUCGGUUUGUGUUGGCGGGCGUUCAGCCGCUCGUGGCGGUAAUGUCGGCCCCGGGCGGAGAGGCUGCAGUGACCCUGGAGCCGACACUGAGGCUGGCCUGGGCCUGGGGAGAAGGUCAGAUGAACACUCAGAUAACUUCGCCCUUAAUCUCCCUGCGAGAAAGCCCUUCCAGUUCCGAAGAAGAAGUUAUUUAUUCGAAAUAACUCCCAUUUCCGCCCACCCACAUGUUGGCGGACCUGCUGAGUUUCCCCAGCACUUGUACUUAAUUCAGAUUUGCAGCUUGAGAAUGGAGAAUACAUUGGCAGAUGGUAGAGGAUAAUUCACUGAACAACUUUGUUUAAAUUGAAACCAGGCUUUUAACGAAAUUGAUGUGAAUCUGGGGUUCUGUCUGUCUAAAACCUUGGAACUGCCUUAAAUGUGAGGAGUUAAGUUCAGCUUGACCGUGUUCACAGAACAAUGGUGAUCCGCACACUACAACAUGUCAAUAUCCAUACUGAUGUACCAGAUAAGCUGACUUGUCAAUAAGGACAAAUUCGUCAACUGUUUGAAACGUGGAACUGUGGAUUUUUUUUUUUCUCUGCCGGAUUGGGGGUACUGACAGAAUUGAAAACGGCAGCUCCCAUUUCCUAACUGGCAACGUUGCCUGUAGUUACUCGUGUUUUUGAUGGAGAAGAUGGCACGAGUGACCACAGUCCUGAGUGGCUCAACCAUCACAGGGCGAACUAUGUUCUGCCACCUUGAUGCGCCCGCCAACGCCAUUAGUGUAUGUAGGGAUGCUGCUCAGGUGGUGGUGGCGGGGCGGAACAUCUUUAAAAUCUACUCCAUAGAGGAGGAGCAGUUUGUGGAAAGGGCGAAUCUUCGGGUUGGGCGCAAGCUGUCCCUGAAUUUCAGCUGUGCUGAUGUGGUAUGGCAUCAGAUGGAUGAUAACUUACUGGCAACAGCGGCCACGAAUGGAGCUGUAGUCACGUGGAAUCUGGGCAAACCAUCUCGCAACAAACAGGAUCAGCUUUUCACCGAGCACAAGCGCACAGUCAAUAAGGUUUGCUUUCACCCCAAUGAGAUUCAUAUGCUGCUGAGUGGUUCCCAGGAUGGCUACAUGAAGUGCUUUGAUCUCCGGAAGAGGGAAUCUGUGAGCACCUUUUCUGGUCAGUCAGAAAGUGUCCGGGAUGUCCAGUUCAGUAUAAAAGACUAUUUCACAUUUGCUGCUUCAUUUGAAAAUGGUAAUGUUCAGCUCUGGGACAUAAGACGGCCAGAUAGAUAUGAGCGCAUGUUUACAGCACAUAAUGGACCUGUCUUCUGCUGUGACUGGCACCCAGAUGAUAGAGGAUGGUUGGCAACUGGAGGGCGAGAUAAAAUGGUGAAAGUAUGGGACAUUUCAACAACUAGGACCAAAGAGAUCUAUUGUGUCCAGACUAUUGCCUCAGUCGCACGUGUGAAAUGGCGACCGGAAAUGAAGUACCAUUUGGCCACUUGCUCCAUGAUGGUAGAUCACAACAUUUAUGUCUGGGAUAUCCGACGCCCAUAUAUUCCAUUUGGAAUGUUUGAGGAGCACAAGGAUGUGACCACAGGAAUUGUAUGGCGCCAUAUUCAUGAUCCUUAUUACCUCCUUUCUGGAUCAAAAGACAGCACUCUGUAUCAGCACAUGUUUAAAGAUGCCAGCCGACCUGUUGAUCGUGCCAAUCCUGAAGGGCUGUGCUAUGGGCUGUUUGGCGACUUGGCUUUUGCUGGAAAAGAUAGCAUGUUUACCAGUGACUCCAAUCGGAAAACCUAUGGAGGCGAGAGACGCUAUCCUAUCUUUUUCUUCAAGAAGCCGGAUUUAUCAGAGCAAUUUGCAAAUGUGUCCAGUGCUCUGAAUGUGUUUGAAAUGGAAGGGGGCAGUAACACCAUGGACUGGUUUGUCAACAUGGCCCAGCAGUACAUUCUGACUGGUCGGUCACUGGCUGAGCUCUGUGAUCAUAAUGCUAAAAUCGCUAAAGAAUUAUUUCGUUACCAGGUGGCUCAGACAUGGACAAUGCUGAGGAUAGUCUACUCCAACCCAGGUGCUAUUUCAUCAGUCAACUUGAAUCAAAGUCUUGGCAAGAGCGGGGGCUUGCCUCUUAUGAAUAGUCUUAAGGAGCUAUCUGUAGCACUUAACAAUGAGACGAGGUUAGAGCGGAGCAAGGCUGAAAAUCGACAAGAGAUUAAUCACUUAGAUUCCUCAAACCCUUUGAUUACUGCAAAUGAAGAGAAUGAGGAGACCGAAGGUAGUGAUGUGCCGACUGACUACCUGUUUGGCGAUGUGGAAGGAGAUGAAGAUGACCUCUACAUGGUGGACCACGAAAAUGCUCCUGCAGAGGAACAUGAAUACAUUUUGCCUCAGGAAGCAUUUCAACUGCGUCAUGAAAUUAUAGAUAAUCCUUCAGCCCCAGACCAUCUCCAAGACAAAGUGGAAUCUCCACAUGUCAGUGGCAAUGAAGCGGAGACUGUAUGUUUGACCCCAAUUGAAUCCUUUUCCCUCAUGUCAAUCUCCCAGCCCCUGUAUGAUGCCUAUCUGCCUGCUGAUUAUUUUAAUUCCCUUGUGAAAGACAUGUUGCAUUACUAUGCAGAGCAGGGAGAUGUGCAGAUGGCUGUAUCUGUUCUCAUCGUACUUGGGGACCGUAUACGGAAAGAAAUUGAUGAACAGACGCAGGAACACUGGUACACAUCAUAUAUCGACCUGCUGCAGCGCUUCAAACUGUGGAAUGUCUCAAAUGAGGUGAUCAAAUUGAGCACAUGCAGCUCCAUCAACUGUUUAAACCAGGCAUCAACCAGCCUUCACAUCAACUGCAGCAACUGUAAACGACCAAUGAGCAGCAAAGGCUGGAUCUGUGAUAGAUGCCGCCAGUGUGCUAGCAUGUGUGCUGUGUGUCACCAAGUUGUUAAAGGGCUGUUUGUUUGGUGCCAAGGAUGUAGCCAUGGUGGGCACUUACAACACAUCAUGAACUGGUUAAGGACUAGUUCGCAUUGCCCUGCUGGAUGUGGCCACCUCUGUGAAUAUACCUGAAAAUCUCAACAUGGCAUCCAGUGAGCAGUGACUGGAUUUGUAAUUGUCUACUGUUUGUGGACAGUGCUGCAACUUCCCAAAAUUUUAAAAACGUAUGCUUCAGAUACAAAAAUGGGUUAAGUUUGGGUACAGUGAAAAUCAACUGAUCCACCAUUUAAAAAUUGAUGUGUUAACUGAAGUAAUUUAGCUGUGGAGUUUUAUUUUCCUGUUACAGUUUUGCCACCUAGUUUUUUGAAGUGGUAUCUGCAAGAAAUACUUUUAAGGGACUAUGAAUGCAUCUUAUUGAAGCAUGCAUGGGUGGCUUGCUUUCCAGUCACUGAUAGUACGAUAUGGAAAUGUGUCUCAAAGCAACACAAAUGCAGAAAACUGCUUUAUAAAACAACAGGAAUAGAUCCCACAUUGAAUGGGUGUGAUACCAAUUUAUCACAAGACAACAGGCAGAGCAUUCUCUACUCUGAUUACCACAGGCCCAGUCAUCAGGAGUGCUUAUCUGCACAUAAGUUAUAGUAAAGCUGAAGAAAAACACUCCAUUUUGGUAAACUUAUUUGGAUAGUCAAUAUCAUUUAAAACGUUGGAAGAAUAACUCCAGAAGUGGGUCAUUCAGUGCCUUUUGUAUGCUGUGCAUAAAAUCAUUCUCCCAAGUCUAAAAUUACAAAAUGUAAAGGUCCAAACAUUUUGGGUAAGGGGAACCAGAGUAGGUUGAGAACCUAAGAAUCCCCUCCAAUUCAGUAUGAGAUUGUCAGCAGUGGAUCUGAUGGAUAUUCGAAGUUUCAAUGCUGCUUGCAAGCAUGAGAUCACAGCAUUCUUAAGUGUUGAGUUAUUGGACAUAGCAAAGCAUGCAUCAGCUAAUUUUUUAAAAAAAAAAUUACAGUUCCCCACUGUGGGAAUCGUGAAGUAAUGUCCUAGACAUUGGUCAACAAGCAACUUCAAUUCAGCCAUAUUCUACCAACGUCAAUUGAGACAUUUCCUAUUUCCAACUCACUGCCUCAUUUUUCAGGUUAUAUGCUGCCUACUCACCAAAUGUCACGUUGUUGUUCAUCUGCAGUUGUUUCAUGCUAGUGCAAUGUUGAAAAGAGGAAACUCAUUUCUUGGCCAUAAUCUUGAGCAAAGAAACAGUCUAGCCUCAUCUACAAAAGGUAUUUCAAUGGUUUUCCAUUGGAUUUUAAAUUUUGUUGAGAAUAUUUAGUGGAACAUUGCUGUGUCUUUGAGUUACAUUCCAUAUGUAAAGAAAACCUCGAUUCACAGCUGGAUGUACAAUUUUUGAUAAAUUGUAAUAAAGACUUUAACAUGAAAUUAAAGUUAAAAUGAACUCUCCUGCAUGUUAUUGGAGGUUGUAAGAGACAGAAGGUUGUCAGAAAAUUAAUUUAGUCAUCUUGUAUUAUAAAUGUUAUAUUUAAGAUUAGAGUACUUUUAAAAAUAUAAUAGUUUAUUUUACAAUGAAUCUUGCUAGAAGUAACUAUUAGUGUACUCUUGCAGAAAUGCUGUAAAAUAAACCUUGGUUGCAAUAGUUUCUUAUUUAAUUCAUUUUCCAUCCCUGUGCAUACAAUUUUCCUCUAAUAUAUAUUGUAAUGUAUUUAAUAACAUAACCCUAUUAAGGUUGGUGUAAAUAAAGCUAUCAAUAAUGGUUGCCUGA